CUUGAAGAUAAUUUGCUAUUAAACAACAAAACAUUCAACAAAAAUUUAAGAAUUUUAUAAAAAUGGCAUCAAAACGAAAGCAGGAGAGUCAAAUGCCUGCAGAAGAAAAUGAUCUCCUGCUUAUUAGACCAUUGGGUGCUGGACAGGAAGUAGGUAGAAGCUGUAUUAUGCUAGAAUUCAAAGGAAAAAAGAUAAUGCUCGAUUGUGGAAUUCAUCCUGGAUUGGCUGGAAUGGAUGCUUUGCCAUUCGUGGAUUUAAUUGAGCCUGAUGAAAUCGAUUUACUUUUUAUCUCACACUUUCACUUGGAUCAUUGUGGAGCACUGCCAUGGUUUUUACAAAAGACAAGCUUUAAGGGACGUUGUUUUAUGACCCAUGCCACAAAAGCCAUUUAUAGAUGGAUGUUAUCAGAUUACAUUAAAGUUAGUAAUAUUGCGACAGAACAAAUGCUUUAUUCAGAAGCUGAUCUUGAAGCGAGUAUGGAGAAAAUCGAGACAAUUAAUUUUCAUGAAGAAAGAGACGUUCUUGGCGUUAGAUUUUGGGCUUAUAAUGCUGGACAUGUUUUAGGAGCAGCUAUGUUUAUGAUUGAAAUUGCCGGUGUUAAAAUCCUUUAUACUGGAGAUUUUUCACGUCAGGAAGAUCGACAUUUGAUGGCUGCUGAAAUUCCAACAAUGAAACCUGAUGUCUUAAUUACAGAAUCAACUUAUGGAACUCACAUCCAUGAGAAACGAGAAGAUCGUGAAAAUCGUUUUACAACAUUAGUACAGAAAAUUGUUCAACAAGGUGGUCGAUGCUUAAUUCCAGUUUUUGCUUUAGGUCGUGCUCAAGAAUUACUUUUGAUUCUCGAUGAAUUUUGGAGUCAAAAUCCAGAUUUACAAGAAAUUCCAAUUUAUUAUGCGUCAUCAUUGGCUAAGAAGUGUAUGGCUGUAUAUCAGACCUACAUUUUUGGCAUGAAUGAUAAGAUUCGAAGACAAAUAGCUGUUAAUAAUCCAUUCGUCUUUAAACACAUUUCAAAUUUAAAAGGAAUCGAUCAUUUUGAUGAUAUUGGACCUUCUGUUGUAAUGGCAUCACCUGGAAUGAUGCAAAGUGGAUUAUCACGUGAACUUUUUGAAUCGUGGUGUACAGAUCCAAAGAAUGGUGUCAUUAUUGCUGGAUAUUGCGUUGAAGGAACUUUAGCAAAGACAAUUCUUUCAGAACCAGAAGAAAUAACAACAAUGUCUGGUCAAAAAUUGUCAUUAAACAUGUCUGUUGACUAUAUUUCAUUUUCAGCUCACACAGAUUAUCAGCAAACGUCCGAAUUUAUAAGAUUAUUAAAGCCACAGCAUGUAAUUCUUGUGCAUGGUGAACAGAACGAAAUGAGUCGUCUUAAAUCGGCGCUACAAAGAGAAUAUGAAAGUCAACCAAACGCUAAUAUAACAUUCUAUAAUCCAAGAAAUACACAUGCUGUAGAACUUUAUUUUAAAGGAGAAAAGACAGCCAAAGUUAUGGGAAAGUUGGCUACGAAAAAGAUUGAAAAUGGCGAUCCUGUCUCUGGUAUUUUAGUUAAACGUGAUUUUAAGUAUCACAUUUUGGAUGCAAGUGAUAUCAAUAAAUAUACAGACAUGAGUAUGAGCACUGUUACUCAAAGACAAUCAUUAGCAUUUAGUGGAUCUCCAAACAGUCUCAGAUUAUUGCUUGAGAGAAUGGGUGGAACUGGAACUGUCGAAGUUCUUGAUACUGAUAAAAAGUUUCGAGUUUUUGAUAGCGUCGAAUUGACAUUUGAUGGUAAAAUUGUGAUUCUCGAGUGGCUUGGAAAUCCAGUGAAUGACAUGUUUGCAGACACAGUCCUCGCAAGUUUAUUACAGACUGAAUUAUGUGGCAGCACAAUCAAAGGAUCUUCAGCAUCAAAAUCUGAUCAAGCGCAUUUGAAAGAAUGUAUAAUUGAAACUUUACAGGAAAUGUUUGGAGAAAAUGCUGUGCCAAAACUAUUUAAAGGUGAUCAGCUUAAAGUUUCGGUGAACAAAAAGAUAAUAGACAUUGAUUUGAGCACUUUGGAGGUAAGCUGUCCUGAGGAUGAGAAUCUUAGGGAUACAGUCUUCACUGCUGUCAACAAAUUAAAUCAAGUUCUCGUUCAAACAAAGUGAAUUUUUUUAUAAAUCUUUGUGUCUUUUAUUAAUUAAUAAAAUUAAAUUUUGGAAAUGCUC